AAGGCUUAACUAGCGAGAUGCUCAGUGUUUGCACGAGGAAGAUGGUACUUUUGGCCCCUUUACUUCUGAUGACGGGGCUGAUUUCCACGAAGGCCGCUACGGCUGAGGAAGAAUCAGGGACAGCGAUUCCCGCGGAAAGUCGUCCCUGCGUUGACUGCCAUGCCUUUGAAUUCAUGCAGAGGGCUUUGCAAGAUUUAAAGAAGACGGCGUACAAUUUAGAUUCACGAACGGAGACGUUGCUUUUCAAAGUGGAGAAGAGAACCUUAUGUGACUGUUUAGCCACCAAUGCCCUGAACUGAGUCCUGCAGAGACACUCUCACACACACACAUACACACCUGGGAGGAUCUUCCACGGCGCUUAUCAACCUGCUGUUAGGAAAGAAAAGAGGCCACGCCUGUAAAGCCGACGGCUUCGGAAACUGAGGGGAGAAUGUUGGUAUGAGAUUGUCGCGCCUGAAUUCAGAGUGUUUUUGUCUUAUGUCCGCCCGACCUCCCCUUGUGUCCUCAGGAGUUGCAAGGUAAUUCCCAGAGAAAAGGAGAAAAAAUGGGAGGGACAACGAUGGACUUUUGCAAAGCAUUGGAAGUUUUGUUUUCACAAGCUUUCUUCUUCAAUGUUAUAUUCCCCCCCACACACACACACACACACAAUUAAAAUUAAUGAGUGAAGACUCCAGCAGGGAUUCUAGGGAUCUUUUGCCGGGACUCUUCUUCUCAUGAGUGUUUUUAGAAAGAAUUGGACAUUUCUGCCAAAUAAUAUAUACAAAGCAGGCUUUGAUCAUAGGCAAAAUAUGUUUUUGAUGGUGUGCAAAAGAUGUAAAACGCAACACAAUCAAGUUGGAGGCUGAGUCAUUAAGCGAUUUAAUUAUUGAAGAAAAUUAGCUGAACAGUUAACGAGGAACCGUUUCAAAAAAUGAUCAGCCCUGCCAUUGGACUUCUCCUUGACUUGAGGGAACAAGGUUUCCUUAGGUAAAACUUUGUGAAUAAGGCCUGGGAAGGUUUUCCGUUGUCGCCUUUUCCUUGCAGAUCCGUGGAAGCGCAUCUCUAGCCAGCCCUUCGCUCUCCUGUUCUUGGCGCCCUGAGCAAUGUGUAAUUCAUCUCCCGACUGUUUUAGCCGAACUGGGUUCUUCCAUUAUCAGUGCAUCAUAGACGUUAUCUGCGUAUCGUUUCUUUUAGAAGAAAUGGAUUUCUGUGAGUGCAUGCGUGUGCAUGUGUGUAAAUGUACAAACGCUCCAGUGCUGGGGAAACACACUUUUUAAAAUAAAGAUCUG